UUCUGUUUUGUAAAUAAGUUCAUUGGUACCUUUUUUUUUUUUUUUAGAUUCCACACGUAAGCCUACGUAGUCGUCUUAACACUCCAUAUGAGGUUAGAGUCUGUUUAAAGAAAAGUGAGUCAUCUCUCUACGUAGCGUUUCAGACGGCUGUCUCAUCUCGGAUGCCUGUGAAUACAGCUUUUGAAAUGUGAGCCACUCCACUGCAGGCUGCCUGCUCCUGCCUCCGCAAGACCCCCUGAACGGAGUCAGUUUAAGUCUUCCCCAGCCAAAAGAUUACCACUCGCUCAAGUCUCAGAUGAUGGAGAGCAUUGUCGGCAAUGAAGUCUCUUUGAAUGAAGAGUCUGACAAGACCGAACCCCGAUGAAAACGGUUCUGCUCCAUUUCAUCUUCAGCACUUGUUUUCAUCACUGAAAGUGGUUAUCGGACAAGCAAAAGUAACGGAAACUGCAGGGCUGUUGUGCCAAAAGGCUGGCCACCUGCUGGAAUCACCUCCGGGGCUUUCCAAACUUCCUGCAGCCCAGGCUGGGCCCCAGAGCAGUUACAGCAGGGUAGCUGGGCCCCGGCGUGCCUGCAGCCUGAUCCUCGAUCCACCCGCAGAGCAGCCAGGUAGGCGGACCCUGCUGCUCUCAGUCGCUCGCGGCUUCCCACAGCAUGUCAGGAUUCUCUUGGCCUUGUUUCCGCCAAGAACAGGAUUUCCUAGCAUCCUGGCCAGAAACUGCCUUCUCUCCCUCAACCGGGAAGUCGGGUCUACAGGGCUGGACAGGAGGCGCCCUGGCCCCUUGUGUGGCCUGUCAAAACGAACCGACCUUAGCUGCCGAGGCUUUAAGAUCCACAGCAGCGACGGCCGCGGGCAGAGGCCUCAUCGUGCUGCCAGGGGCGAUUUCACCAGGAACACGAUCGUACGGCUUUCCUUUCUUCCUGACCUGCUUGGACUACCGCUUUUCAGAGCGCUUUGAAAAGGCUGUUUCAAAAACGCUGUGGGGCUGAUAUUUUCAGAACGUGCCCCAACGCCGGGCAGCGUCCUCGGCUCGGCCCCUCCUCGCGCGCUCAACUCCAGUACAGCAGACCCCAGAGCCCGCCUCGCCCGCGGGCUUCGCCUCGGUCCCCGCCUCUGCACGCUCACUCACCACGAGCCAGCAGUCUCGCGAUCCUUCCCCUCGGGCUCGCCUUCCUCCCUCCCUCCAGCCGCUGCCCCAGGGCCCUGAGGGCCCUGGAGACCUCGCUCUGCCCUGGCCGGGGUCCUGUCACAGCCUGCCUGUCUUUCGAUGUCAUUCCCAGCCCGGCAGCCAAGGCCUUUCCUGGCCACGGUCUGCUCCCAGCCUUAGCAGCCUUUCCCUCCUCUGGGCUCCAGCCUCCGCUGCCAGCCAGGCCACAGCUCCUCUUCUCCGGGCUGCUCUGCUCAGGCUGGGUCCUCCUCCUCCACGCCGGGUGCCACAGGGCCCCAGUGAUCCUGCCCGCCGCUGCCACCCUCCCUGGGCCCCCCGGCCCUGGGCACACAGCUCUACUGCGGCUCGCGGGAACGGAGGGCAGGCGCACGGCAGCGGCUGGCCUCGGGCCUGCCCGGGACACGUCCAGCCGGGCCACGAGCGCGCGGCAUCCCGGCCCCUUCCUACCCGGGCUCCCAUCGGGGCCCAAAGAAGUAACUGCACUCUGUGCCUCCCUGAAGGAGGAUUUUUAGGAACACUGGGUGCUCCGCGUCUUCAGACAGGCUCUGCGUCCUUACCUUGUGACAGCAGAGAGCUCAGUCGGGGCCCCCGGGAGCCGCUGCCCCGCAGCAAGGGUGCGUAUCCUCCUCCUCCUCCCUCCCAUGCCUUCCUCCGCCAGCCUGGCCGUUCUGCCUCCGUGGGAGCGCGUCUCUCUCAACUCCCCGACUGUUUUCGUCACAUCCAACCACUUGCUCAAAACACCAGCCAGCUGCUCGGCCCAGGCUAUUACAAGCUGCACUUCAAUGCGCCCCAAAUCAAACUCCGUGAACGCCCCUUUCCCACCUCUCCCUCCGCCCCCGACUUUCCUUCUGUGGGACGGCACUUUCUAACCCUGCCUCUUAAUGAGCCCCCUUUAAGCUCUGUCCUUUCUCUAGACCAGAAGUCAGCAACCACUGCCGGCAAAAGACCGGAGAGGGGACGGAUCAGGCUCGGCUCCGCAGGCCACAUGCGGUCGCAGACACUCCUCAGCGCCGCCGUUACAGCAUGACCGCGGCCGCAGACGCCGUGUCAAUGAAGGGCUGUGGCUGGGUGCCAAAAAGUCUUUUACGGACAUCAAACCUAGAAUGGCAUAGACAUUCAUGGGUCCCAAGAUAUUAUUCCUUUGGUUUUCUCCCCAGCUCAUAGGUGGAUAAAAACAGGUGGCGGGCCGGCUCUGGAGCCUUACUCACCCCCCUCUUUAGGCUCUACACUUCUGGAGGACAGUCCCCGGCGAGGUGCUUAGUAGGAAGCAUGCUUGGUCAACACUGCCCGAGGGACUGGGCCCAUUCAUCAUGGUAUGGGCGAGUCUUCGUGGCCACAAUCCAUAUUCACAGAUAAAUGAAGCAGAGCAGUGAGACGAUAGGAAAACUAUCUCCUUUCACAAUGGGGACUUUACAUUUGAACAAUCUUCCAUGCCCUUGUUAUCUGGACGUUGAUAAGAGACAUGCUUGAUUUCAUCCUACUAGCCAUAGAUUUUAAUUUCUCCUCAAUAAUAUGUUGCGGAUUUUUUCACAUUCCUCACGCUAAGUUGGAACGGACACGCCUUCUGUCACGGACUCUGCGCGUA